CCUCCUGCUCAUUGGCGCGCCGCUCCAUUCGGCCUAGAGCCGCGGCUAGAUCUAAGAUGAUGAUCAUUGAUCCCGCCACCCUGCCAUUACAGUCUUUCUUAUCUCGCCCGACCUAGAUCAACAGGAAGAGAAACUCACGAAGAUUCCUCUCCGAAAUUGCAUACAAUCGUCCAUUGAUCCCGGUGCAGCACGAUUGUUGAAUUGACCAUGUCUCAAUUACCUGCCGAAGACCUCGAAUCCAAGAAGGAGGAGUCCAAGAAGGACUUUGAGGAAACCCUGAUUAAAUAUCCCUCUCUGAAGAAGAUGAUGGAUGUCAAAGACGGGGAAGAAGUCCCAGAAUCACACGAUGGCCGAGAAAUGCAGCUACUGCGAUUCAUCAAGGACCAUGCCGACUCGGAAGACAUGAAGGACAACCCAAGCCGGAUCCUGGAAGCAAUGGACGAAUUCGCCGCCCAACACGAGUUUCUUAUCAACAUUGGUCCCGACAAGGCCAAAAUCAUCUCCGGCCUGAUUCUCGAGAACAAACCGAGGGUGCUGGUCGAAUUUGGGGGCUACGUGGGCUAUUCGGCCAUCUUGUUCGCCGACCAGAUGCGUGCGCAUGCGUCCGAGAACCGUGAGGUGCAUGUCUGGAGCUUGGAGAUGGAUUCCGACAUCGCCACCAUCGCCCGGGACCUGAUCUCCACGGCGGGGCUCUCGGACUACGUGACGGUCGUCGAUGGCAAAGCAGCGGAUAGCUUGAGAAAGCUAAAGGAAGAAGGCAAGGUGGAGCGCAUUGAUUUUCUCUUUCUCGACCACGACGAAAGCUUGUACGAGCAGGACUUGAAGCUCGCCUUGGACGAGCUGAAGCUGCUACAGCAGAAUGCUUGCAUCGUGGCGGAUAACGUCCUGCGACCCGGUGCGCCGAAGUAUCGGGAGUAUGUGCAAAAUCAUUCCGGGCUGCGGACGAGGAGUCUGAAGGCACUCAUCAUACCUGGCGAGUUCGAGGUGAGUCGGAGACUGCUUUUUGACUUCCAUGUGAUGAAGCAUGGGACUGACAAAGUGAUCAGGAUGAGAUCGAGAUCAGCAAAGUCCUUUGACCUCUCUCUGAUCAUGCAUUGGGGAUUGCACGGGGUUCAGGAACAGAUACAAACAGACAGGCAGGCAAUGGAGCAUCGUUCAAGCUUGUCUCGCACUUGAGCGUUGUGAAACCUGCCGUGGUCGACACGUCUUCAGGUCGUAAAAGACGCGUCGCAGUGCCGCUUGAUGUUGUGGCAAACACAAUCCAAACGCCAGGCUCUGCAUUGCCCAGA